CCUACUUUUCUUCUCCUCCUCCUCCUCCUCCCUUCUCCUACUUCUUCCCCUCUUCUUCCAUCUCCUCCUCCUAUUCUUCUUUUUCCCUUCUUCUUACUUUUCUUCUCCCCUUCCUUCUCCUCCUCCUUCUCUUCCUCCCACUGAAAAAAAAACCUCUCACUUUCUCUUUCCUUCACAGUCGCGACUCAACUCACCUGGAGGAAGAGGGAAGACAGGUAAUGAGGAGAAGGAGACAGGUGGGAAAGGACGCGCCUCCCUCCUCCUCCUCCUCCUCCCUCCUCUACUCCUCCUCCUCCCCAAUCAUGCCUCGUGGAUAUGACAAGUUCGCUCUCCCCGCCCCGUUGAAUGGAGGUGUUUUGCCGGUGUCGUUCAGCGCAAAAGUUAGAGAUUUAUUGAGUGUGGACGAGGAGAAUAUGGACUUCACCCUCGAGUGGUACCUCAGGAUGUAUUGGCAGGACACUCGCCUCAACCCGCCCAAUCCCGCCCAAAUGAACGAUUCCCUCCCGUGGUUCAACGUCGACCCCGCCCACACGAAACGACUCUGGAUGCCAACUGUUUACAUAGACCACGUGAAGGAUAUCAGCGUGCCCGCCUUCCUGGUCAAGCCCCACUCCCUCAGGAUCACCUCGGAUAAGCUCCUUCGUUACUCCUUGGCCCUCAUCACCACGGUAUCCUGCUCCAUGGACUUCACAGCCUUCCCUCUGGACGAGCAGCUGUGUUACGUGCGUCUACUGAGCUACCAGUACCGGAACUUCGAGGUGGAGUACCAGUGGCAUGAUACAGGCGUGGAAACCAGUUCGACUCUCACCACCGACCAGUUCACCGUCAUCUUCACCGCCGACCAUUCCUCCAAUAGCUCCGCCAGGGACGCCAACAACUCCCAGGGUGCCUUCCCGCUGGUGCAGAUGGAGGUGGUGCUGUCCCGCAAGGUGAGUUACUACCUCCUCAACACGUACCUGCCGUCGGCCCUCGUGGUGAUGGUGUCCUGGCUCUCCUUCCUGGUGCCGCCGCGUGCAGUGCCGGGCAGAAUGACCCUCACCAUCACCUCCCUCCUCACGCUGGUCUCCAUGUUCAACGCGGCUAGGGCGGAGAGUCCCAAGGUAUCCUACGCGAAGGCCGUCGAUGUGUGGAUGUUAUGUUGCAUCACUCUCGUAUUCACCGUCCUAGUGGAGUAUACGGUGGUCACGCGACUCAUCCACAUCACGCCGAGGUCAAAGGUCAAGCCUCAGGUCACGGGAGGAGAGGUCAAGGUCUCGGUGGUUGCGUCUGAGGUCUCGAUAGUGCAGGUGAAGGAGGAGGAGGAGGAGGAGGAGGGGGAGGGGUCGCAGCCGCCCCCACCGUCACCGCCGCCGCCGUCAGUUCCGCCUGGUGGCUUAUCAAUGGGAGCUUCGAAUUUUAAAUCUUUGGAAUAUGUCUGA